AUGGCUCGCAGAAUGGAGCGAUUUUGGAGUUGGAUUGAGACCAAAGACUCAGACGUCCAAGAAAUUUCUACUAAGUAUGGUCGUAUGAUUAACAAUAUUACUAUGGCGAUGCCCCACGGUGGUAUUCCUGGUGCGGCAAUGGAUAAAAAAAAUAAGAUUCCACAGCCGAAUGAUAUCUCGGGGGAAGUUGAAGGUAAAUACAAUCUUGAAGCUACUGUUCCAUCGCCAGCGGUCAAUGUUCUAUGUGUUGGAAUGAAUGAGUCCGAGAUAUCUCCCCUGGUCUACGAUACAUGGCCUGAUGCAGACUUCAACGCAACUAGCUGGAUGGCUUCCCCGCCGGAAAAUAUCCCUAGGGCUCCAUCCUGGCUUAACAGCACAGUAGUCGAUGAUAUCUUCGGCUUUGGGGAGAAGUAUGGCCAGCGUCCUCCUAUUUUCGGUACAUUACCGGAAGCAAACAACACAAUCUCUAAUAUAACAGGCCUUUGGCCCUCCAGUGCGAUAUACUUGCUGGGUAAACCAAGCCGUGCUGAUCCACCAUAUGUUUUGUGCUCAAUUCGCACUAGGUUCACUGGUGUAUGCUCAACGCGGUACCGUGCCUCUCCUAGCGGUGCUGUUCUGAGUUCAAAUUGUGAAGAUCCCAAAAAUCAUCUUCAAUAUAACUACCGCAAUCCCGAUUUUCAAGAGAGUAACUGGCAACCUGAUUGGAAAAAUGUCGCCUCGAUGUGGGCUAAUUCACUGAGCCUUGGGUCAGGAAUCAUAAACAAUGAAGGCAGCAAUUCACGUCUCUUGAUGCAAAUGGUGCCUGCUUACGACUCCUCCACAAAAAGAUAUUCUCUCAGUGAACAUUUCCCUUCUACUAGCGAGACACUUGCUGUAAUGGCCAGUACUAUGUUGAUUUACAGUUCGAAAGACGCACCUUUUAUCCCGGAAUGGAACUAUACUACCGUGGAUGAUGUUCUUGUCGAGCCUGUUUAUCAAUAUUUCAAAGCUUCUCUACAAUUUACUAGCCUCUCUACAAUUUACUGGGGUGUUUUUUACGUGAUAUUGCUGUCUUGCUUCAUCACAAGUUUCAUUUGUUUCGGAUUUAUUAUAUUCGAAGCCCGUGGUCACCAAGUCACCGACUUUACUGAGCCACAAAAUUUAUUUGCGUUAGCAAUGAACAGCCCAUAUAGUUCGCGAUUGAAGGGGGCCUGUGGAAGUGGUCCUGUUGGACGGCAGCUUAAAGAGCGUUGGCUUAUUGGGAUGGCAGAAGAAGAGGCGCACUACUAUAUUCGGGCCAGAACCGACGGGCAAAAAUUGGUUGCUGCUAGACGAGCUACCAGAUCCCGAACUGUCGAACAAAUGAGCAUGGAUGAUCAGUCAAUGUCAUUGGAACCUGUGAGGCCUGCUGUCGAUGAGUAUCGGCGGGUUUCGGAACGAGACUCGUUCCUUGGAAGGUUCUAUUAG